AUGCGCCACCACCACCUCCCCCUCUUCGUCCUGCUCGCCGCGCUCGCCGUCAGGGAGGCGGCCGGCGGCGAUGCGGACCCGCUGCUUGAUGCCAAGGCCGGGCUCGAUGACCCGACCGGCUCGCUCGCGUCGUGGUCGAACGCCAGCACCGGCCCCUGCGCGUGGUCUGGUGUGUUCUGCGACGCGCGCUCCGGCGCGGUCGUCGGCGUCGACCUCUCCGGACGCAACCUCUCUGGUGCCGUCCCACGCGCCCUCUCCCGGCUACCCUACCUCGCGCGUCUCAACCUCGCCGCCAACUCCCUCUCCGGUCCCAUCCCGCCGUCGCUCUCCCGGCUCGGGCUCCUCGUCCACCUCAACCUCUCCAGCAACCUGCUGAGCGGCUCCUUCCCGCCGCUGCUCGCGCGGCUCCGCGCGCUCCGGAUUCUUGAUUUGUACAACAACAACUUCACCGGCUCGCUCCCGCUCGAUGUCGUCGGGAUGGCGCACCUCCGGCACCUCCACCUCGGAGGCAACUUCUUCUCCGGGGAGAUUCCGCCGGAGUAUGGCGGCUGGAGGAGGCUGCAGUAUCUCGCCGUCUCCGGCAACGAGCUGUCCGGGAAGAUACCCCCGGAAUUGGGAAACCUGACGAGCCUCAGAGAGCUCUACAUAGGCUACUAUAAUAACUACUCUGGGGGGAUACCGGCAGAGCUGGGGAACAUGGCGGAGCUUGUGCGGCUCGACGCGGCCAACUGCGGGCUCUCUGGCGAGAUCCCACCGGAGCUCGGGAAUCUCGCGAAGCUGGACACGCUGUUCCUGCAGGUAAACGGGCUCACCGGCGGCAUCCCGCCGGUGCUGGGUCGACUCGGGAGCCUCAGCUCGCUCGACCUGUCGAACAACGCGCUCUCCGGCGAGAUUCCGGCGACCUUCGCGGCCCUCAAGAACCUCACCCUGUUCAACCUCUUCCGAAACAGGCUCAGGGGUGACAUCCCCGAGUUCGUCGGCGACCUGCCCGGUCUGGAGGUGUUGCAGUUGUGGGAGAACAACUUCACCGGCGGCAUCCCGCGCCACCUUGGCCGCAACGGCCGCUUCCAGCUGCUCGACCUCUCGUCGAACAGGCUCACGGGCACCCUCCCGCCGGAGCUCUGCGCCGGAGGCAAGCUGGAGACGCUCAUCGCGCUCGGCAACUCGCUCUUCGGUCCAAUCCCGGAUUCUCUCGGGAAAUGCAAGGCGCUCACCCGCGUUCGCCUCGGCGAGAACUUCUUGAAUGGUUCAAUCCCCGAAGGUCUAUUCGAGCUGCCGAAUCUGACCCAGGUGGAGCUCCAGGACAACCUCCUAUCGGGCAGCUUCCCGGCUGUGGUGAGCGCGGGCGGGCCGAAUCUUGGGGGGAUCAGCCUCUCCAACAACCAGCUCACCGGCGCAUUGCCGGCAUCCAUUGGGAGCUUCUCUGGGCUGCGGAAGCUGCUUCUUGAUCAGAAUGCGUUCACCGGCGCAAUACCGCCGGAGAUUGGACGGCUACAACAGCUGUCCAAGGCUGACCUCAGCGGCAAUUCGUUCGAUGGUGGCGUGCCGCCGGAGAUUGGGAAAUGCCGGUUGCUCACCUACCUUGAUCUUAGCCAGAACAAGCUGUCUGGAGAUAUACCGCCGGCUAUUUCCGGCAUGCGGAUACUGAACUAUCUGAACCUGUCCCGGAACCAGCUUGAUGGAGAGAUACCAGUAACCAUUGCUGCGAUGCAGAGCCUCACGGCCGUGGACUUCUCAUACAACAACCUGUCUGGGCUCGUGCCGGUGACCGGGCAGUUCAGCUACUUCAACGCCACGUCCUUCGUCGGCAACCCAGGCUUGUGUGGACCAUACCUCGGGCCAUGCCGCCCCGGUGGUGCUGGCACAGACCAUGACGCACACACUCAUGGUGGACUGUCCAGUAGCCUCAAGCUGAUCAUUGUCCUCGUCUUGCUUGCCUUCUCCAUUGCAUUUGCUGCCAUGGCAAUCUUGAAAGCCCGGUCACUGAAGAAAGCCAGCGAAGCGCGUGCAUGGAGGCUCACCGCGUUCCAGCGCCUUGAAUUCACCUGCGACGACGUGCUGGAUAGCCUCAAGGAGGAGAACAUGAUUGGCAAAGGUGGAGCCGGGACCGUCUACAAGGGGACGAUGCCAGAUGGUGACCAUGUUGCGGUGAAAAGGCUUUCCACAAUGAGCCGUGGCUCGUCGCAUGACCAUGGUUUCUCUGCCGAGAUACAAACUCUUGGGAGGAUUCGGCACCGGUACAUUGUGCGGCUGCUUGGCUUCUGCUCCAACAAUGAAACUAAUCUCCUGGUGUAUGAGUAUAUGCCUAAUGGCAGCCUGGGGGAGCUACUCCAUGGAAAGAAGGGCGGCCACCUGCACUGGGAUACUCGGUACAAGAUAGCUGUUGAGGCUGCCAAGGGGCUAUGCUAUCUUCACCAUGAUUGCUCACCACCCAUCCUGCACCGCGAUGUCAAAUCAAACAACAUUCUCCUUGACUCAGAUUUUGAAGCACACGUUGCCGAUUUCGGGCUUGCCAAGUUCUUGCAGGACUCUGGCACAUCAGAGUGCAUGUCAGCCAUUGCCGGUUCUUACGGCUAUAUUGCUCCAGGUGAAAGAUCAAUCCUCAUUACAGUUUGGAAAUGCUUAUAA